GAACAAUGUCAUGUAAGUGAUAAAAUAGGCCCAGACCCAGCUGAGAGAAACUCAUUCAUGAGUCAGAAGUAAGAACCAGUACCUGAAGAAACACUAGCCGCCCCCGCCUUUCUCCUCUCUCUCUGUGAUUUUCUGGGUUUGAUAGUAGCAUAUCAAUGGCGCUGCUUAGGAGAGCGGUGAGGUCAGGCCCUGGUUUAUCAACUUCCUCCUCUAUUAUUCCUCCGGCGAUUUUAAUCUCGUGCAGGGCACUUUCUACUAAGCUCUUCGUCGGUGGACUAUCAUUCUACACCACGGAUAAGGGAUUACAGGAAGCAUUCUCUCAAUAUGGUCAAGUGGUUGAAGCCCAAGUAGUAUCAGACAGAGUCUCGGACCGAUCAAAAGGAUUUGGAUUUGUUACCUUUGCUUCACAAGAUGAAGCCCACAAAGCCGUUGAGGAGAUGAAUGGAAAGGCAUUGAAUGGCCGUGUCAUAUUUGUGGAUUAUGCAAAGCCCAAAUCAGAUUACGGUGGUGGGAUGCCAAUUGCGAGAGGACCUCCAAAUCUGAAAAAUGACAGCUGAUAUACUUAUAAAGGGAUUCGUUGCACUUGCCUGUCCCUGGAAGCAAGAAACAUACAGAAUUUGCGGGAGACUCUUACAAAAUACAAAUGCAGUCUAACAAUUGCUCGAAUUAUUUUUAUGUUUUGGUAGUGGAUGCUUUUAAGUGUGGACUAAUACGUGAGA